AAAAAAAAAAAAAAAAAAAAAAAAGAAGAAGAAGAUAUAACCUUAAGUACAAUCAAAGCUCCAAUCAAAAUUGUCUUCAUUGCCAUUCUUGCACUUUUGGUUUUAGCUCUCUUUCUGAUCCAUGGCCACUCUUUACACGCUUCCUUCCCAUCACAAAUUCUCUUCGCUCACCAAAACCCACAAACCCUAUUCCUCUUCUCCUUCACUUCUCCUCUCCACAAAACCCUUCACCAAAUCCAACCCAUCAAAGAACACAAUCCUCUCAACCAAAAAGACUAGAACUUUGAUCACUGGAUCGCUCACAGAAGACAAAGAAGUUGUUCCAGUCAAAGAUAAACCUUUGAAAGACAAAAGUAACCCUUUGCUUGUUAAUGGGUCUAAAGAUUCUGACCUUCUUUCAUCAUCUUCUUCUUCUACUGUUGAGAGUGAUGAUGAAGAAGAGAGAAUGACAAGUAGAGCUAUUAAUGCUACCAUUGUAUUGGGGUUUGGUACUCUUGCUGUCUCUAGGUUGCUUACUAUUGAUCAUGAUUAUUGGCAUGGAUGGACCCUUUAUGAGAUUCUAAGGUAUUUGCCUGAGCACAAUUGGAUUGCAUAUGAACAAGCUCUCAAAGCGAACCCUGUUUUGGCCAAAAUGGCAAUUAGUGGGAUGGUCUACUCUAUAGGAGAUUGGAUUGCUCAAUGCUAUGAAGGAAAACCAAUUUUCGAGUUUGACCGGACUCGCACGUUUAGAUCAGGGCUUGUUGGGUUUACUCUACAUGGAUCCCUCUCUCAUUAUUACUAUCAGUUCUGUGAGGCUCUUUUUCCUUUUGAAGAUUGGUGGGUGGUCCCAGCCAAAGUUGCUUUUGACCAAACAGUUUGGGCAGCACUUUGGAACAGCAUCUACUAUGUGGCGCUAGGUUUGUUGCGUUUUGAGUCCCCAGACACUAUUUUUAGCGAGCUGAAGGCAACGUUUUGGCUAAUGUUGACUGCAGGAUGGAAGCUUUGGCCAUUUGCUCAUUUGAUUACCUAUGGUGUUAUCCCUCUUGAACAAAGGCUUCUUUGGGUAGAUUGUGUGGAGCUCAUCUGGGUGACGAUACUCUCAACUUAUUCGAAUGAGAAAUCAGAAGCUCGGAUUUCUGACACAACCUUGGAGGCAAACUCAAGCUCUUCAGGCAGUGCUGAUGAGAAAUAAAUGAACUGGAAAAUCAUGUCCCAACAAGAAGGGUGGUGCAUUUGCUGUCAUCAGGCAAACAUGGACAGACUUGCUGUGCAAGAACAGCCUCUACCGUAAUUUGCCUCUUGUUUUGUUGAUGUGUAUGCUGUAUAUUAAUAUUGUUUUAGGUUGAGGCUUGGUGGCUGCUGCAACAGCAGAUUGUUUCUUUGCAUGAGCUUCAAAAUACAGAAGCAGCUUCCUGCAAUUAUAGCAACAAGGGUGUGACACCUGACCCUUCGAAUUCUUGAAUUGGGAGAAAUUAUCACACGGACCUGGUCCUCAAACUCAGUCAUGGACCAAUCAAUCAAGAAUCAAUGUAUUGAAACAUGGAGCUAUAGAAGAAAAGUAAAUGAAACAUAUGAUUUUCCUUCUCUCCUCAA